AUGGCCAGACACACCCUAUCAUCUUGGUGGACGUUUAGCAGGAUUGCCACCAAAUCGUUCGAUGAUCGCGAAUACGAUGCAUACAGACUCUGUUACAGACAUCAACAACCUUACCUCAGUAAAAAGCAGCGAGAGACUUGUUAUACAAGGCUCGAUCUUAUGAGGGCGGUCAUUCACGGCCUUAAGAUGUCCAUUAAGGAGUGCAAGAGAUUGUUUAAGUAUCGAAGGUGGAACUGCACGACAUUCGCCAACGGUCCACAUGUCUUUGGAAAAAUGGAACUCAGCGGCCACCGUGAAUCGGCAUUUCUGCAAGCACUAACUACAGCAAGCGUCGUCCACACAGUCCACAAACGCUGCUACAGCGGCAAAAUUAAAAAUUGCAACUGCGGUAGUGGCGGCAACAGCGACGCGAUCAGAAAACGCUUCGUAACGUCGUCAUUUAAGUGGAGUGGCUGCAGGGAUGAGUUGGCGUUUGGGGAAAAAUUUGCAAGGGACUUCAUUGACGACGAGAAUGAGGUCGGACCAAAAAGUGGUCUUGAUUUGAUGAGAAUGAGAAACAAUGCAGCUGGGAGAAGGGCAGUGAGAAAAUCGUUGAGACUAAACUGCACGUGCUAUGGCGCCAGUGGCUCGUGCACGGUUCGAACCUGCUGGAACUCAACUGCUGAAUUCAGCGAGAUAGCAGAGUUCCUCAUGUCCAAAUACAACUCAGCAAAGCAUGUCUACAUCGACACAAACAACUUGAUCAGCCACUACCACACGUCUCUAAGCAGAAUAAAAAGGAAUAAAAAACCAAAGCCAUUUAAACUAUCGAUGAUAGACAGAAAGUUGAAGAGGCCGGCAAAAGAUGAUUUGGUCUACGUAGAUUUCUCUCCUGAUUAUUGCCAGACCAACCAUGAACUAGGCAGACAGGAAUACAAACAUAUAUAA